AAAUCUUAAAAAAAAAAAAAGAAGAAGAAGAAAAAGAAGAAGAAAGCAGGCCAGGCACAGGGUGACAGGGACAGACCUACUGGGACUUCAGUGCAGGUGGCUCAGCGCCCCCGUGUGGCCAGCUAGAGCAGCCAGCGAUAGUCAGGACGGGCCCCAGGGCGACCCCCUCCACCUUCCAGGUGUCCUAGAAAAACGUUUGCAGGUGGAAACCGGGUUAGUGUCUUGGUAACUGUGUAACCUCCCAACUGUGUGUCUCGUCUCCCUUGACGUCCUCCUGGCCCCAACGAUGACGCCGCUGCACCAUAGCUUGCAGCACGCUCCCUGCGUUUCAAGCAGCAGGAAGGGAGGGACUCUCCACGCAAGGGCCAGGUGUCCUGGCGCACGGGGUGGGGGGGGGCGUCUGGGUAUGACGCAGCUUUGCAGGAUUUAGCGCGCAUCAGCUCAGCUCCGUGACGCAGGGGGGCAACAGCAGCUGGGCACAGGGGUGCGGGACAGCAAGGGGGAAGAGAGCAAGAGAGGCUUUCAGGGAGGAGCCCCGUUCCGCUCCCCUCCUCACCGCGAUGCCCCUUGUCUUCCAGACCCGCGCGCGCAGGAGCGCCAGCAGCGCCACGAUGGAUAUGAACAUGACGCGCCCGGACAACGCCACCAUCCUGAUGCUGCGGGACCCGACCAUCGCCGUGGUCCUGCCGGUCGUGUACUCGCUGGUGGCGCUGGUCAGCAUCCCCGGCAACCUCUUCUCCCUGUGGGUGCUGUGCCGUCACAUCGGGCCGCAGUCCCCGUCGGUCAUCUUCAUGAUCAACCUCAGCGUCACGGACCUGAUGCUGGCCAGCGUGCUCCCGUUCCAGAUCUACUACCACUGCAACGGGAACCACUGGGUCUUCGGGGAGCUGCUGUGCAACGUGGUCACCGUGGCCUUCUACGCCAACAUGUACUCGUCCAUCCUCACCAUGACGUGCAUCAGCGUGGAGCGCUUCCUGGGCGUGGUGUACCCGCUGGCCUCCGCGCGCUGGCGCCGGCGCCGCUACGCCGUGGCCGCCUGCGCCGGCGUCUGGCUGCUGCUGCUGGCCGCGCUGUCCCCGCUGGCGCGCACCGACCUCACCUACACCGUGGAGGCGCUGNCCACCCCCAACAUCCUCCUGCCUGGGUUUCUCUGCCUCCUGCUGGGGGCUGCCG